AAUGAAGGGGCUGUUGUGCUGCCGUGGAAUCCAACGGAGUAUCUGUUUCCCUCCCUUGUAUUUCAGGUGAAAGGCGAGUUCUUGGAAAGCCGCGUCAAAUCCAGGGCUGUCCGAAUGCCAGAGCCCACCCUGCAGCCUGCCCAGCUCAGUGAGCGACCUUAACUGGGGACCUGCUGUUGCUCUGAAUAAGAGCUGUGGUCGCCUUGUGCUGCUGGGUGAGAAAUUCUCCUGGAAGAGGAGGACGGCAGUGACACUUGGAGCCUGCUGGGAUUGCUGGCAGAGAGCGCAAGCCAGGCUGAAACAGAGCAAAAAAACCCACAGGAGACUUCAGACUGGAAUCCUGCAGGGACACAGUGCUGUUGGAGACAGCAAGAGAAGGUAGCAGAAAGAGCUUUUCCGUGUUGGAUCAUCUCUACAAGCCAGGUUUUCUCCCUGCCUUGGGUGCUCCAUCACAGCAGUCGCGCUGCGGGAAGAGAACCUGGAUAAAGAUGCACUAAAGUGUCAGACGUCAGAGAAGGAAAGCUUGGAUCCUGCCUUGGAGGCUGCUGUAGCAACACAGCACUGGAGAGGAGAACCAGAGGGAAUUAACUGGCCAUUGUCCCCAGUUCCUGCUCUCUCAGUGGCUGGUGUCCCCCGUGCCUGGACUUUGCUUGAUGGGGAUCUCUGCUGCAGGAGCAGGCUCUGCACUCCAAGGCAGGCGAGCAGGGGUAGGAGAGGUCACUCCUAGAUGCCGGAAAGGCCAUUUGUGUAAGCUCCUGGCAGAAGAUCUCCUCUGGAACAGCUGCUGGCUGUAGGCCCACCGAGCCAAGGGUCAGGAUAGCCUCUGAACAGCAUGUCUUCCAAGCCUGACAAGAAGGAGACCCACCAGGCCAACGGGGCUGUGCCUGUGGACCAUCUCAGCAGUGCGGCCCAGGGGCAGCUGGUGGAGCCCUCAGAUUUCCUGGGCCCUGCUGCAGUGGAAGCAGUGGUGCUGGAGUCCCGUGCCAACGCCAAAGGGGUGCGGGAGGACGAUGCCCUGCUGGAAAAUGGCAGCCAGAGCAAUGAAAGCGAUGACACCAGCACACACCAGAGUCCUGAGCCAGCCUCACCCCUCAAGGAGACCUCCUUUUCUAUCGGGCUGCAAGUCCUCUUCCCGUUCCUCCUGGCAGGCUUUGGGACAGUUGCUGCUGGAAUGGUGCUGGACAUUGUGCAGCACUGGGACGUCUUCAAAAACGUGACCAAUUUGUUUAUCUUAGUACCUGCACUGCUGGGCCUGAAGGGGAACCUGGAGAUGACUCUGGCAUCCCGCCUGUCCACUGCUGCUAAUAUUGGCCAAAUGGACACACCCAAAGAGUUCUGGAAGAUGAUAACAGGAAACAUGGCUCUGCUACUGGUUCAGGCCACCGUGGUUGGCUUCCUGGCCUCCAUCGCAGCCGUGGUGUUCGGAUGGAUCCCAGACGGGCACUUCAGCCUGUACCACGCUGUCCUGCUUUGUGCCAGCAGUGUGGCCACUGCCUUCGUUGCUUCCCUUUUUCUGGGAAUGAUUAUGAUUGGGGUCAUCAUCGGAUCCAGGAAGAUGGGGAUCAACCCUGAUAAUGUGGCCACACCGAUUGCUGCCAGCCUGGGGGAUCUCGUCACCCUGGCUCUGCUGUCAGGAAUCAGCUGUGGCUUGUACAAGGACCUGGAGAGCAAGUUCUACGUGAAUCCCCUGGUGUGCUCCUUGUUCUUGGCCCUGCUGCCCAUCUGGGUGUUCGUGGCCAGGAAGGAUUCUGCGACCUGGGAGGUGCUUUGUUCCAGCUGGGAGCCCGUCGUCAUCGCCAUGGCCAUCAGCAGCGUUGGGGGGUUGAUUUUGGACAGGACGGUGUCGGAUCCGAACUUUGCCGGCAUGGCUGUUUUCACUCCAGUGAUCAAUGGUGUGGGUGGCAACCUGGUGGCAGUGCAGGCCAGCCGCAUCUCCACCUACCUGCACAUGAGUGGGAUGCCUGGAGAGAGUUCCAAAACAGCCCCUUGGAAGUGCCCCAGCCCUUGCAGCACUUUCUGCAGCUCAGACGUGAACUCCCGCUCUGCCCGGGUGCUCUUCCUCCUGGUGGUGCCUGGGCACCUGGUUUUCCUCUACACCAUCAGCUCCAUGCAGGGGGGCCACACCACGCUCACCCUGAUCUUCGUGGUGUUCUACAUGACAGCUGCACUGCUCCAGGUUCUUAUUCUGCUCUACAUCGCUGACUGGAUGGUGCACUGGAUGUGGAACAGGGACCUCGACCCAGACAACUUCUCCAUCCCAUACCUGACAGCGCUGGGGGACCUCAUUGGGACAGGGCUGCUCGCUGUCAGCUUUCACAUCCUCUGGCUCAUCGGGGACCGGGACUCCGAUGUGGGGGAUUAGCUCUCCCUGCUCCCCCCUUCCCACACUUCUCCUCCUCCUUUCAUUCUUGUCGCUUCUUUUCCUCCCCCUUUACUCUUCUUUGCUUCCUCCCCACACCCUGUCUCUCUUGAGACUUCACCUUUAGUACUGGAUUCUCAUUAUUUUCAAUGGGAAUUUUAUGGGGUUUAUAUUCCAAGCCCAGUUUGUACAGAAAAAUCUCUCUAGUUUUAGGAAAGACAAAAAAAGACAAAAACAAAAGUGUAACGAGACAAUCACCAAGUGCAAUUUCGUAGGAGCUGUGUCUGAACCAAGGUUACAGUGAAGUUCCUGAUCAGUCAGAUCGUGCAAGGAGCCCACCCUGCCCCACUCACUCGAGGUCAAGGGCUGCUUUUUCGCUUCAUAAGCGUUUUAAAUCCUGGAGCUCAAGUUCAGGUUUAUUUGACUGAACUGGCACCUUCUAGCAAAGUACAACCUCACAGAGGAGGGCAUGGGACAUCUCCUGCCUUCUGUGCCCUGACACCCUCCUGCCUUGUGUUGGCUCUGAAGCUCCAGGGGGUUUCUGGGAGAGGGAUGAGUGAGGAAGGGUCCUGUGUGCCCACAGGGAAGUGAGUGAUCUUGGGAUUGAGGACUGCAGAGCCCCCAAGCCUGGCUGUGAGCAGGCUGGUCUCUGCUGGCAGAUUUAGUCUCCCUUUUGCCAACCAUCCAGCAGCACCUCAGACUGCUCGUUCUGCCUCUUGUGAGCUGAGUUCAGCUGCUCUGUGCUUCGUCCUAAGGGGUUGUGAGCUCUCCCCAUCCAUCAUCCCCCUGUCACCUGCCAGUGCUCCACUGGAGGAUCUGCUGGAGCCCUCGUGGAUGCUCUGUACAGCCUCCUUUGUGCUGCUGUGGGCACAGCACCGUUUUCAGGGCAGUCUGCUCAGUGCUGUUGACUUUCAGGAAGGGGUGGAUAGUAAAAUAGCUCCUAUUUUGUGUGUUCAGAUUUUCUUUCACUUGCUGAGUGCAGCUGGGAAGAAGCCACCCAGUGCCUCUCUCAGCUGAGCCUGAGGUGUUUCAAGCUGGUCAGCAUUAGUCUUUUGGUGCCUGUUAAGGAAGGACAUCCAUGUUCAGCCACAGGAUUCCUCUCCCUGCACAGGCACCAGCUGGAAAACAGGUCAGCAGGCACAGCUGGAUUUCUGGAGCCCUGGCUCUUGGUGCAGCUCUGACGGACGUGGCUGGAGCACAGGGUGUAAAAUCUGGGACUGGGGUGACAGCCCAACUUGGAAGUGCUGGCUGAGCACUGGGAGUGCAGGCUUUGCUUCUCUGAUUCUUCCUCUCAUGCUUUCUGUGCUGCUCAGCUCAGUGAUGGCUGAAAUUCCUUCCCUUCCCCUGUUUAGUCCGUGUAGGAAGGGCUCUCACACAGCCUGCAGUGACAUAGUGAGAGGAAAACCUGGCCAUCUGUGUGACUGAGGUGCUUGAAAUGACCCUCCUUUCAGCCUUCAACCCUCUUUAGUGCUCCCAUUUGGAUCAGAAUCAGUUCUGGAGGCUGAGGCAGUCCCCGUGAGCAGCUCUGACUGACUCGCACACUCACAGGCCCAGGGACAAACUAAAGAUGGAGCCUCUGUGCCCCUCUUUUAUAGGGUUUGGCUGCUGUGGCCACGCCCCCUGGGCGGGACAGCUGGUUCACUGACCACUCAGUGCUCUCCUAAGCCUGAGUGACGGUUGCCGUGGCCAAUCAGAUGCCCGGGCUGUGAGGUGUGGGCGGGCUCCCAGUCAGGCCUGAUUUGAUUGACAGCCAGGCCGCAUGGCACUGCCCUGAGGGCGCCAGGCGCCAUGAUGGGCACAGAGCAGAACCCAAAAUUUGGGCGUGGAUUUGGGGCUGUCUGCUUUGCCUCCUGCUUUAAACCCGUUCCUCCCACCACAGCACGACUAUCCUUAGCUGGUAUCACUUCCUCCUUUUGCCUAACUUCCAGAUUUCUCACACAAACCAGCGCUCGUCUCCUCCCUUUGGCUCUCUGGGAGGCAGCCCCAUUGUGGUGCUGGCAGCGCUGAUCUUCACCUGAGGUAACUGCAGGUGGGGACAUCUGUUUGUUACUCUGGGCAAUGCCGAGCUCUGCAAAGCGCUGCCUAAGUGGAGAUGGCUUUGCUCUUUAGGCAGGGAGCAAUUCCUUGGGGACAGUUCCUGCUUCUCCCAGAGGCCAGAGCCAAUGCACCUGGGGGAAAAGGUCAAGACCAAAGUCAGUCUGUGCCGUGUCCCGUGUGGGAGCAGCUCUGAUCCUCCUCUGUCCCCCCUGGUGACUUCUCACACAUCUCAUCUGGCCAAAGCUGUGCCCAAAAUAACCCCCAAAAAACCCAACCACAAACCAAACCCCAACUGUGCUGCUGUGCUGGGCUCUCAGCCUGGAGAAUUCUGGAACGUUCUCUGCCGCCCACCCGAUUUCUCCGCCUGAUGUUGAGGAAUAGAUACGAGACAUUAACACUUCAGCUUUUAUGUGUACAUAGAGAAGCUCUCCUGGUCUUUUAGGUGUCACAUCACUCUUCAGUUCCCCAGGAGAAGAGGAACAAUCUGCCACUCGUGGUCUCCCAUGCAGAGACCCCGAGGGGGUGGGAGCUGCUGGGCUGGGGGUCCCAAUGUUACAUAUGGUCUAAAGAUGUGUUUGGGGCAGGGAAGAAUCUAAUUUAAAACUGAGGAAUACUGAUGGAAAAACCUCUUCCCACUGGUUGCACUCAAAUGCAUGCCUACUCUACAGCUGCCUGCAGAUGAAAAAUCCUGGUCUAUUCUUUUAUUAAAGGAAAAAAAAAAAGACUGUCUUAAUUAUUUAUAGUUCCUAUAACUGACAGAUGUCAACUUAACUGAUAAAUUAUAUUUGGUUAAAUAAAGAUGACAUUUAUUUAUGUGGACUGUGGUGUGUUUC